GCUUGACAAUAGGGCGUUAACUGUAAGCAGUGACAUUUUACUUAAUAAUUAACUUUAUUAUAAAAAUAAGUACGAUAACAUGAAGACAGCUGAUUCAAGCAAGUUUCCUUCGUGGUUUUUCAUCGUCGUUUUGAUUUCUCUUCGAUCUGUGGACUUGUCAUCUGCUCUAGGGGAAACCCAGCAGUGUGUUGAUGGCACGUAUGAGCACGAGGGUGUGACCUGUUGUCUGUGUGGUGCUGGUACGUACUUGGAGAGCCACUGCACUACGACUCAACUUGGAAAAUGCACAAGCUGUAGUCAACUGACAUACAGCAGUCACCCUCAUUACCAGGAAUCCUGUGAGCCAUGCACAUCCUGCUCACAUCCCAAUGCCAAUCUAGAGGAGAAUGUAUCCUGCACCCGGGCCAGAGAUGCAACGUGUCAAUGCAAAAAGGAUCACUUUUGCAGCAGUAAAGAAACCUGUAUAUUAUGCUACCCCUGUAAAGAAUGUACUGAGGGUGUCAAAGUAGCCUGUACAACCACCAAUAACACAGUCUGCAGUGAGAAAACUGAAGGGGGGACUAACACUGGGUUGAUAGUUGGCCUAACUGUCCCAAUUGUUUUAAUACUUCUUGGACUUCUUGUAUUCUUCUGGAUAAGGAAACGCAAACGAAAUAAUACCCCAGACGAAGAAAGAAAUGUCCGUAAAGAUGGUGGUUUGGAGAUUCUGCUCCUUAAUGAACCACUUCUUGAUUGCGACCUGCUUGACCUUGCUGAAAUAAUUGGAUGGACGGAUAUGAAGGCUGUAGCAAUGCGCAGCGGUAUGCGAGACACUACUAUUGAGAAUUGUAGGCUGAACGACGUUGGUGAUGCUCAGGAGCAGACAUUCAAACUUCUAAAGGAGUUUGUGGAGAAGGAGGGCAAUCAGGCCCAAACUACCUUGAUCAAAACCCUGCAAAAGAGUGGCAAAAGAGGAAUAGCAGAGAAGGUUAUUGCUAAAUUAAAUUUAAAGGCAAGUAGCAGGAACAUGAACGUAGCAAUAGCAAGUGAACACAGCAGUGGCAGCAGCAGCAUAGCGAGGCAGAGGCAGGAAGACCUGUCAGCUUAAAUAGAGCAGCAUGUUUAGGAGAAUGUGUUUGGUUGGUUGUAAGAGGGACGAGGUGCGUCACGUGUUAAUGUAUCAUUGGUGCUCCAGUUGACUGCCUGAACUAUAGCUUGCAGGCUUCGCCCCAUUUGUUGGUAUGAAAUUGUUCCAAAAUAUUACAUUGGUGAACAUUACAUUGCCUACACAUAAUUGUGCCUCCCUGACAGUGUUGAUGUAAUGAUGUUGGUCAAGAUAUUGUGCAAUAAAACUCAAUACAAGUUUUAUUAUCAAAGUGUUACAUCCAUUUUGGUUUGUUAUAUGUUGUGAAAUUAUGACAUGUCUAUUUUAGAUAUUAUAAUAAAUCUUUCCUAGAAA